GCGCGGAAAAUGGCGGCUGCCUUAGAAAGGAGCUUUAUAGAGAUCUGCGGGUUUGAAAGGGAGACAGUUUCUCGGUUUCGGGAUCUCACCAUUAAUCUGGAAAAUAGGGAAAUGAGCCCUUUGAGAGGUGUGAGUACGUUCCCUGGUGGCGGGAGGCUCGCGGACAGUGCUGGGGCAUUCUCUUAUGAGGAGAGCGGAAAACUGCUGUCUCUCACCAGCAACAGGUUCAUCCACUGGUCCACAUCAGGAGACACGGUUCAGCUGGUGGAACAGUCUCUGGACGCGAACCUUUUGAACAACUCUCUCCGUCUGAAGAUCCUAAACUGCAGUGUGCUUCCUGGAGGCGUUCACAUCCAUGAGACGCUCAACAAUGUCAUCGUCCUCAUCGUCACCAACCAAUCAGUGCACAGGAUGGUGCUACCCCACCCCACACGCAUGUACCGCAGCGAGCUGGUGGCUGAGCUGCAGAUGCAGAGUGUGUUCACCGACGUGGGGAAGGUGUGUGUUCAGGACGCUGUUCACUCCUUCACUCUGUCGUUCACACAGAACCUGGUCACAUCAUCUGCCUGGCUGAACACACACGGCCAUGCCCAUUUUGCUUUGGCCACUCCUGCUGGUGGCAUCACCAUAGUUACCUUACCUCCUCAUGAUGAGCAGGGUUCAUUGUCAGUGAUGGAGUUAAAGCAGAGCUCAGUGAUGCAGAGAUUAGCAGGCUGGGUCCCCAGUGCCAUCAGAGGGGACCAAAGCCCGUGUGACCUGGCAGUCAGUUUAGCCGUGUGGCCGAUGGAGGACGACACCUUCAUCUUUGCUCUGUGUCAGGAUCAUAAACUGCGUGUGUGGUCAUAUAAGGAGCAGCAGUGCGUGUUGGUGGCAGAUAUGUUGGACUAUGUCCCUGCGGGUCGGGCGGAGCUGAAGAACAGCGCGGGCGUCUCUCACCGUCUGCGUGUGUGUGUGUCCGGCUCUGCAGGUGUGUGUGUGUGUGUUUACAUCGCUGCUCUGCACCACAGUCAGUUCUCUGUCCUGCAGCUUGUGUCCAGUAACAACACACGAUACAGCCUGGAGCACAUCUCUACUAUCUACAGCACACAGGAGACUCUGGUGGACUUUGUUCUAACCUCCACUGAUAUUUGGGGUCUGUGGGUGGAUGAUGAUAACCAGACCAUGGUGAAGUACAUCAACUUUGAGCAUAAUGCAGCAGGCAUGUGGAACCAGGUGUUUGUGCAGCCUGCCCCAGAGGAGGAAGUUCACAUUGGGUCUGAGCAGGACCCCAGAGAGACGUAUUUGGACGUUCUGUUUUCUCCUCUGCGCUUCACUGCUGUUGCCAUCGUAAAGGCUCUACAGAUAUACAAACGUGGCACGGAGCGAUUCCUCGACUUAACUUGGGAGACACUGAAGAAAGAAGUCAGUCUGGCUGUAGAGAAUGAGCUCCAGAGCAGUGUGACAGAGUUUGAGUUCUCUCAGGAGGAUUACCGCAUGCUGCAGGUGGAGUUUUGGUCCAAGUUCUACGCCUGCUGUCUGCAGUACCAGGAAGCUCUGUCCACCCCUCUCGCCCUGCACGUGGACCAGGCCACAGCUAUGGUCUGCCUGCUCAAGAAGGGCUUUGUGUCGUUCCUGUUGCCCUGCUUUGCCGUGGAUCACCUGUACCUGUGCUCUGAUGAGUACCUGUUCUCCGAGGAGGAAACACCUGUUGCUGAUGAACCGGAGCUGAGUGGGGAUGUCCAGCAGCUGGUGCAGUGUUUGCGGUUGGUGAGUGAGUGUUUGCAGGGGGAGAUGGUGUGUGUGAUGGACAGAGCAGUGGAAAUGCUGAUGUCUCCAGAGAAAGCUGCAGAACAAGUGCUGGAGAACCUGCUGGCUAAUGAUAAUGAUAAUUUGAUUUCUGACAUCACCAACAAGCUGCAGGAUGUACGAAACCCUUUGGCUGCGAUGAGCGCCCUGCUCCGAGAGCUUGACCUGGAGGCAGAGUUAGACGCGCCCGACACAGCACCAUCACGCCAGUCUCUGAGCGUGCGUCUCAGUCUGUCUCAGCUGUACAGCAGCAGUAUAGCUGUGAGCGUUGUGUGUCAGGCGGUGUGUCACAUGACCAUGACUCGAGCACUGAUCUGCAGAGACCUGCUCAUCCUGCAACACCUGUACCUGCAUCUCGGAGACAGUGUGCUCCUGGCAGGCAGUGCUCAGUGUCUACAGUUGCAACAGGAUCUGAUCCCACGCUGUUCACACCUGCUGUGCUGUUAUCACCUGCUCAAACAACUCAGCCAGACCCUUGCCUCACCUGUACCACUCGACACACUAGAUGCUAACCUGCAGCACCUGUCUGUAUUGAAGCUGUCUGAUUCCACAGCAGUCAUGGCUAACAGAUCAGUGUUGAGUCCUCAGACGGUGGUGGAGCUGUUCUAUCAGAAUGUGGCUCAUAAAUCCAUUGUGCCGCAGCUGUUUGGCCAGAGGGAGGCACCAGAGAGUCACAUCACCAGCCUUCACUGGAACCAGCUCAUCUCCAGUGUGGUGCACCUACUGACUCAGUUAUUGUGGCCCAGUAACCCCAACUUCCUGUUCCCUGAGUGCAUGAUGGGAAACUGCCAGUACACACAGCUCCAGGAGUAUGUGCGUCUGAUUGGGCCGUGGUGCCAGGCUAACGUGGGGUCGUGUCGGUUUGUCCUGGGUCAGGCGUACUUGGCCUGUGGUGAAGGACAGAAGGCGCUGCAGUGUUUCCAGGAGGCAGCACCAGAGGUGGAGAAGGAGGAGUUUCUGAUGAGAUUGACAGGCUCGGAGGAGGACGAGGCAGGGACGACAGCACCACGAUUACUCUAUUACAACAAGGUCCUAAGACUCCUGGAGGAUGUUGGGUUGCCAGAUCUUGUGAUUCAGCUGGCCACGCUUGCUGUGUCUGAAGCUGUGAAUGACCAGCGCAGUCAGGCAGCUCUGUGGACACGUAUUUUUAAACACCAUCUGGAUCUUGGACACAAUAGGGAAGCGUAUGAAGCUCUGACCCAGAAUCCUGAUCCCAGCAGGCAGUUGGACUGUCUCCGGCAGCUGGUGGUGGUCCUGUGCGAGCGCGCUCAACUACAAGAUCUCAUCCAGUUCCCUUACAUCAACCUGCAUGAGGAGGUGGUGGCGAUUAUCGAGUCUCGUGCCCGUGCUGUUGAUCUGAUGACCCAUAAUUACUACGAGCUGCUCUACGCCUUCCACAUUAACCGCCACAACUACAGGAAAGCCGGUACAGUGAUGUUUGAGUACGGGAUGCGUCUGGGUCGUGAGGUUCGGACUCUGAGGGGUCUGCAGAAGCAGGUGAACUGUUACCUGUCUGCUCUGAACUGUCUGCGUCUGAUCCGGCCGGAAUACGCCUGGAUCAUCCAGCCUUCAUCUGGACCUGCUUGUGAGAGGCCGGGCACGUCACCAAAGCGCAGUCAUGAUGGAGAUUUGGCUCCGCCUCCAGUGAGUCGUCAGAUAGAAAUCCUGGAGCUGAAGGAUCUGGAAAAGGAGUACGUUCUCGCACGAUGUCGUCUCACACUUGCGCAGCAGGACCCAUCUUCGGCUGCUAUAGCAGGCAGUGCGUCGGCGGUGGAGAUGGUGUCUCUGUUGGUGCAGGCCGGACUGUUCGACACGGCGUUGUUAUUGUGCGAGACAUUUAAACUCCCUCUCACUCCUGUCUUCGAGGGACUCACAUUUAAGUGCAUUAAGCUGCAGUACGGAUCAGAGCAGAGCCAGAACGAGGCAUGGAACUGGUUAUCAGCCAAUCAGCUGCCCAAUCUCAUCACCACUAAAGAGUCCAGUGCAACAGAUGAAGCGUGGAGACUUUUGGCCUCUUACCUGGAGAAGCAUCAAUCCCAGAAUGCUCAGCAUCAUCGGUGUGUCAUUAACAGGCUGCUGUCGCAUGGUGUACCUGUUCCUGAUUGGCUGCUUAAUGCAUACAAGGAAGUGGAUGCUGCGUCCCUGCUGCGUCUGUACUUGAACUAUGACCUGCUGGAUCCAGCCACUGAACUCGUGAUGGAAUACGUGGAUGCUCUGCUGGGGAAAGGGCAUCAAUAUUUUGGAAUAGAGAUGCCGCUCAGUGCGACAGCGCCUCUCGUCUGGCUGCCCUACACAUCCAUCGACCAGCUGCUGCACAACCUGAGAGAAAGUCAGACUCCGAGCAACUCACAGGUCUAUGAGAAGCUGCGGAUGAAGCUGGCAGAGUAUCACAGACAGGUGGAUCGCAGCGGUAAACACCGACUACAGGUUCCAGCCUGAACACACACACCCACACAACGGACUGUUUCUCUCUCCACCGCUUUGUAAAAUUUUAUAUGCAAUUAAAAUGUUGGGUUUUGUAUGGA